GGUGGUCUAACAGAUGUGUCGAUAUUCCAACAGAUGCCCAACAUUGAGGUUAUCAGCUUGAGCGUCAACAGCAUUACAACGUUAGAAGACUUCAGCUUCUGUUCCAACCUAACAGAGCUCUAUGUUAGGAGAAACUGCAUUGCAAGUCUCUCAGAGAUCUGGUUUCUAAGGAGUCUACCCAAACUCAGGGUACUCUGGCUUGCAGACAAUCCAUGUGCUGCAGGUGAUAAUUACAGAGCCACAGUUCUCAGAAUAUUACCCAACCUUCAUAAACUAGAUAACAUUGGUGAGUAUGUUGAUAGUGUGGAAUCAUUCUCCCAUCUCCUUUCAAAGUCCCUCUUCCAGGUGUAAGUGGAGUAAGACAAUGAAAAAUAGGCGCUGGCUUUGGAAUAGGCUAUUCCAUAAAAACAGGGUGGUAACAGACAGUGGUCUCUGUGAUGGCCUGGGCUGAAGGAAGCAUUCAUUGCUUCCUCCAGGCCAGCUCAUGAUGCUUGCAGUCGCAGAGAGAGAUGGGGGUUUUGUAGCUCAGAUUGGGCUUCUGCAUGUGAGUGUGAGGCGAUUUAACCCCCAAAAAACAAUGUUCUUGGGAAUAGUUUCUUCCUUAUUUUGCUCAAGAAGAGAAAAUGCUUUGAAUUACAACAGAAAUUUGAGUGUAAAAUGUGGGGCCUUUUUCUAGGCACAUAUACUCUGAGUGCCCACCCUCUGUCCCUCCUUUAAAUUAAUCCUUGGCUCCUUUUUUAUCACUUCUUUUAAUGUAGAAUUACAUUAUCAAUGUGGGCAUAUGGUUUGUGAUUAUAAAAGCUUCUGAAAAAAUUGUGAAUUAGAUUAUGCAGUAGAUCACAAUAAUUAUUGAAUCUAACUUGACAAGGAAAUAUGACCUGGCAAAAGUGAAGAUGCUACCUUGAUCUGGAUAAAAGAAAGUUAUUACAAAUUCUUCCAAAUGAAAUGAAAAUGCCUGAAUAAACAUUGGUACUAUGAAUUUAACCGGCUACUCACUCGUUAAUAAGAUAUUUUACUGAGAAAUUAUAUUAGACAAAAAGAAUUUGAUAGCUUAAGUCAUGUUUUUAUUAGAAUUGUUUGUAUAGUGAUUUAGACACAACUGCAGUUGAUCAUUUUGUUACUUCAUAUGACUGAGGGAGAUUAUCAUUAUUUGAAGGUUCACUUUACUAUAACUUGUAAUCUAUUUUCUAUUACUGCUGUCAUGGGACAUCUAGAAAUAUUUAUUAAGAAGUGACCUUAUCUUACUGCUAAGCUGACUGUACUCUGUCUAUUUUCUUGUUGAAAUAGAUUUAUAAACAGUGAUGACAUGCUUGAAAUACUUCAAGUUCUAUAGGCACUGUCAUCAAUCUAAUGAAAGUAUCUGUGAUCCAUCUUCUUCUUUCACUCUGGCAUCAUCUGGAUGAAUUACAUUUCCACAUUUAUGUGUGAAGUUUAAUUGGUCUCGGAGGGUAUAGAUCAUAUUUACUUUUUACAGGGAAGAUAGCAGAACAUUAUCAUGCUUUACAGAUACAUGAUGGAUGUUUCAUUCGUUGCAUAAAUAUUUUCAUGCCUUACUUAUAAUCAAAUGGGAAAAUUGAAAGUGCAAUUGAGUACUGAUGCACAAAAUUAACUGAUCUUUUGCCCGCCAUGCUCAUCAAAAUUGCAUGACCCAAUUAAGUACUCCUAAUCUGAUUGUGUGUACAUUCAGGCAACCAUGCACUUGCACACACCCAGACACACUCAAGUGAUGCCAUUUAUUAAAACGUUUUUAAGUGUAACUGACGGUAUAGCCCCUGUUUCACACCAAGUAAAGUGCUGUAGAUGACCCACAAGGGCUGGGCAAGCUUUCUGAAGAUGGGAUGGGAUCCUCUGGGUGGACCAGGGAGGCGUUGUGCAAACAAAAUGAGAGCAUUGAUCUGCAUCUUCUCUUUGAGGGCUUUAGGCUACGCUCUUAGCAUUAAGACAGUGCUGACGUGCCCAUGCAUAUUGGCCGAAAUCUGGGAGUACAGGAGAAAAAAAGAAGUGAUUUAGCUAAAGUUAUGCCUUUCCUAAGACUUUUUUGCAAAGAGACAAAUUAAUUUCGUCUCUUUGCCUUGCUUUGAAUGAUGGCAUUCUUGAUUGGAGAGUGGUUUGGCAAACACAGGACGUAUUACGAUUGUUUCCAAUUGAAAUGCUAUCCCAAAGAGGAAUUCAUUUCAUCUCUGAAGGCAAGAUGAAAAGCCUAUCAAGUUCUCUUUGCACAUCUGUCUGGGGUUUUGUUUUUCAAUUUCGGUUCUGCCUCACAGACAAUUUCACAAUUUUAUUAUCUUGGCAAAGUCUGUCCUGGGUCCAUGGUCUGUCAAAUGAUCAUCUCAGACAUUGGAUACAAUUUUUCUUUAUUCUUUUUUUUUUUCUAGGAAUCGGAUGUAAAGCACCUUUAUUAUUCUUUGAAAUGUUUUUCAAAUUCUUCCCCUGAUAAAUCAACAAUGUGACAAGAUGGAAAGAAUUGAACCUUGGUGACAGAUGGGCCUUCAGAAUUCAAAAACAUGUGAUUGAAAAAACAUUUUUUUCCAAACUAACUUUUCAAUCACAUGUUUAGGUAAUUCAAUAUAGUGGCAAAACUCUCAGGCACAAAACAUGUCUGUGCAAAAUAUAUGAAUACAGAUAUAUUUUGGUAAAAGUAAUGUCCCUAUGUUAACCCUGCCUGGGUUACAUUUUUAUUUUCAAUAUUGGAGGAUAAAAGUGUGGAGUAAUAAUUGCAGGACACAAUCCCCGACAUCCUGUUUGUUGAAUUUUCAACAAUUUACAAUAGAUUUUUUUUUAAACAGAGUGAACGAAAAUUAAAUGGAUAAAUCAAAUUUAACUAUUCGUCCACCUACCCACUUUUCUUUUCCCCCAAAUUAUGCAAGUUUUUAACUAGUCACUUUUGUACAGAUAUGAGCAGAAUUGAGUUCAACAAACUGUUUCAAUUCUGAUAAAUCCUCUUAACUUGUAACACAACCUGAAAAACAUGUUGAGGUAUAACCAGUUGCAUAAUGAUGCAUCAGAAUCCCCCAGUGAAAAGUAUGGCAAUAUUGUUAACACCUCUGCUCGUAUCCAGAAUAUCUUCCUAGGAGAGCAACUGUAAUGCAUUCCAUUUGCAAAGCAACACCCUUGUAUUUUUUCUCAGUCAUAUUUCAACCUGAAAUGUCAUAGCAUGCCUCAAGGGAGAAUAGACUGUUGGAAAAUUGUAUUGAUGCCAGGGAUUUGACUGGAUUGAAAAACGAUAACAGUAGAUGUUUUUAUUAGUGUGGUGAGGAGUUUGUAGGCAGAACUGCAUACAUGUUUAAAUGCAUGACUUUGGGAUUGGAUUUCACUAAUAUUGCAUAUCAUGGAAAAUUAUUUAAUAGCUUCCAGUUAAUUUUUUUUCUGUGAAGGCAAAGUAGAAAUUAUACAGCAACAAUUAAAGUGAAAAAAAAAAAAGAGUUCAGGAUUGAGAAAGAAUUAGCGAUAUUCUAUUUGUUUUCCUUGUGAUUAUUUCUAUUAAAAAAUGUUAGAUCUAGGCUACAAUGUCAUAUUCAUGCUUUUUAUAUUUGCAGCAAUUUGAAAAUAGUUUUUCAUUAAACUGCGACCAAUGCAUUAGUCAAUAGCCCAAACUCAGUACCUGCAGAUGGGAUACCUACUGUACAUACUUUCAAGCAAAGUUCAUGAUUUUCAGGGGAAAUAUUGCACAUACUAUUAAAUUUGUGUCAUCCCUUUGUGAUUUGAUUUAGAAAGAUUUAUUUUAUACCAUUGAGAUUUGACCUGUUAUCAGAUCUCCUACUUCAUUUUAUAUUCUUUUACCCAUGAAAAUUUAGAUCAAUAACCACAUACAGAUAUAUUGCUUGUUGGAAUGAUUACUGGGGUAACAAUAGUGUUUUUUUUUACACAAUGGGUUUGAUUUGAAAUAGGCAUGACUCAUUUCAUUAUAUCUGUAUUCCCCAAGUCAUUUAACGAUCAUUCAGCUCCUUUUAAAAAGAAUGAAUAGGGGGGUUAUUUUGCUUUAAAUGAGAGAGAAAACAACCUUUUGUAGUUUACAGGCUUAGGUUUAAUUCAUCUAAAUCUACAUAAUAAUAUUGUAAGAGAAAGUAUGUACACUGUACAUGUAUGUAUCUGUUUCCCCCCAGUAGGGGCUGCUUACUUUAAAUACCAAAAGGAUUCCAAGACCCUGUUCAUAUCUACCUGCUUUUAGCUGGUUUAGUGGAAACCAGUUUAAUGUGUAAUGGCAGAGCUCGUAGCGUAAAGCGGUCUUCCAACCUAGUCCAGAAAAUCAUCUCACAAUGUGGUUUUUUCAAGACUGCUUGCCUUUUUAAACUGGUGUAAGCGUAGGUAAGGAAACGGCCAUUGAAGUGAUCGUCACUUAAAAGUACAAGAGUGUACAUGUGCAUGUUAGGUGCACUACUUAUUACAAACAGUGUGUAGAAUGCCCAUGCUGCAGUUUCAAUUUUCGCGCAAACAUGUGACCCCACUGCGAGCAUGCCCAUAGCAACAAGAUCGCUUUACUUGAAAUGGCUUUGGAAACCAGUUCAGGGGAUUUUAGCAUUUGAAACCUGUUCAGGAAAUUGAGAUGAGAAUGUAAGCCAAGCCAUCUUCUAAACUGGUUAAAGGUUUUUAAGAGAAACCAGUUCAAGAAGUAGUAGAUGAGAAGGGGGUCCUGGUUUAAAAGUCUUUAAAGAUUUGGCUCUCACAUGUGAUUAUAUUCAAAGUAAUCUUUAAUUCUAACCCUGGGAGGAUUUAAAGUAGAGCUCAAGCCUUUGGGGGGGGGGGUAUAUAAAUAACAUCUUAAUAUUGCAAAUUGAUCCAGUUGCAAGACCUUUCCAUUUUUUUGUUGAUGGAAAAAAGGUUCAUCAGCCUACUACUUUUGGUCAAGUCACAAGAAGAUUUGCCAUUGAAAAUGCACUGGAUGUGUUCGCUUGAUUCAUGGAAUCUUCAUUCUAAUAAAAGUACUUGAGAAGCACCCAUGUAAUUUUCAAGUUCAAGCUUAUUUAAAAAUGCAUCCUGGCUAUUCUGGGAAGUAAUAAAGAAAACAGGUCAAUCAUUUUCACAAAAUUACCCACUGUAAUCAAAGCCAGUCUGCAAACGGAAGCACAAAAGCAACACCUGGUUGUCCAUUUCCAGUAGCCAGAGUGAAUAAUGAAAAAGGAAGCCUUGUGCUAAAUAAAGCUUAUUGUUCCCAAUCAAUGCAAAGGUGGGAGUCUGAAUAGUUUGCUAUGAAGUUUGCUAGUGUAUGGUAGAGGAUGUGUGAGGUACAGCUGUAUCAGUUGUUAAGAGUGUGAUAAUGAACCUCUUUCAAUGGAUCUUCACAAACCAAGUAUGGAAUUUGAUGUCUUCAACUAGAUUGAAGGUUGUCGUUCUUGAUUUUAGUUACAUUUUGUGUAAAGAUAUAAAUACAAAACUUUGUAGUUGAUUCCUUGUUAUAAAGCACAAAUUAAACUCUUUUUUUAAAUGCCAUCUCUGGAUUAUAUUAGAGUAUUAAGUUAUCAAUUUUAGAAGUGCAGAAAUAUCCGAGUUAAGUUGUUGGUUUUUUUUUUUUUUUUUCAUUGUAAAUUUCUCAAUAAAAUAAAAAAAAAUUUGGUAUUUCUUAAUAUAAAUUCUAGAUUUGAGGUAAUAUAACAAAACAAAACUUUCAUAGAUAGUUUCUGAAAUUUCAAUAAAUAUUAAGAUAAACAAUUGCUAAAAUUUAACUAAUCUGAAUGUUCAAAUUUGAUGAAAGAUUUUAAUUUCAAUAUUUCAACUUUGAUUUUUUGCGAUGGAAAGAGAUGAAAUGCCUGGCUUUAUUGUAUUAUUUGUCAAGGGACAGUCUUUCUUAUCCCUGCUGUCAGAUUCACACAAUUCUAUUCAGUUCUUGUAUGCACAAGAGACUAUUCCAUGCACAUUUGAACUUCAGUCCACUGUGAAAUUCUCACAGACUGAUUUCACACCUUGAGCAACAAUAGCUUCACUUUUCCUUUGAUAAUAAAGCAUUUUUCAACCCAUUGUGCUACUUUUGAAAAAAGAGCAAAUUUGACAGAUC